ACAGCGGUCUUUUUAUGUUGGAUAAUUUCCACCUUAGUCAUUUGUUUGGUGUUGUAUUUGUGCUUCUUCACUGUCUUCAUUUUCAUUUGCAGCAUUCAAAUCUAGCUUCAGUUUGUGCCACCCUCCACUGAUCAAUACUCAAUAUUCUCAGGUAGCUAGAGACCAUGAUCAUGAGAUAAAUCUGCCAACAGAAGAGGAAAAACCCUUUGUAUCCUUUUGCACAUUCAAAUCACUCUAUCAGUAGUAUCUGUGUAAUUGUUCUCUCUUGGCCAGUUGUCUCUCGUAUUGAUUUUAGCUCGUGUUUGUGUCAUGGACAUUGAACAAAUGGAAAUCUAGGGCUUUUUUUUUUAAUUUCCCUUGAUUUUUUGACCAAAACAUUUCAAGCAAUCGGAGGUAGCCAAUCAAAGUUCAUGGCAGACUUGUCAACUUUCUCAAAUGGGUAUUCCUUAGAUUGCAUUGGAGUUGAAGCUGAUGGCGCAUCUUGCCUUGUGGAAGAUCAUACUGAUAACGCUGAUGAUGACAUAGUUAAACAAAAAUGCUUGUUUAAUCAACUUUUUUCGGUUUACUUAAAGGAGGAUUGUUCCAGAGGCAUUGUUAGGCCUGUGCCAGUUUUUCUCGGGGAUGGUAAAUUGCUAGAUUUGUAUGAACUGUUCUCCCUUGUGAAGGAAAGAGGUGGCUAUGCUGUGGUGUCUGUAAAAGGGUUGUGGGGUGAUGUGACAAAGGAAUUGGGUUUGAACCUUAAAAUUUUGGCUUCUGUAAAAUUAGUUUAUAAUAAGUAUCUGAAUGAUUUUGAAGGAUGGCUCAGGAAGACUUUUGAGGAGAACAGUUUCAAAAAUGAGAACCACUUGUCUGAUUGGGGUUUUAAGUCGUCGCUGUUAGAGCUUGAGAAAGAGUUUAGAUGCCUCUUAUGUCCAAAGCAAAAGGAGAAAGAUGAUGAACUUUUCCUGUUAGAAUCAAAUAAAAUUAGAAAUUACAUUGAUCUGGUUAACCAUAAGAGUGAUACUAAUUUGUUGGAUGCCAAAUAUCAAAUUAUCAAAUGUGAGGGUGUCCCACUUGUCAAUGGUGAUGAUGAUGAAAAUUUCUGUAAUUGUGUGAAGGAUGAUCUUGCUACCACUCUUGCAGAAGUUGCUGAGAAGGAAUUUAACAGUCGUAAACGCAAACGGGAAGCAUUAUCUGGAAUGCUAAACUGGAUGAAGCAGAUUGCAAAGAAUCCUCUUGAUCCUGUAACUGAACUGAUACCAAAACCAUCAAAAUGGAAGGAGUAUAAAGGCCAGAACUUUUUUGUCCAGUUAAUGAGGGCAAGAGAGGUUCUGUCGCUGAGGCAGCCUGUAGAACCAAACAGUGGACCAUCUUCUUUGCAGAAGCUGAAGAUGCAUCCUUCCAUAUAUGAGGAUCAUGUUGGCCAUCAUGUUACGGCGAAAUUGAGAUGUAGCAGAAGGCUGCCUACCUGUGUUAAAUCUCGCUCGUGCUCUGGCUGCAAUUCAUGUUCCACCAAUGGAAAGAGAUUAGAAAUUUCGGUCAAUACGGAGGCAGAAAAAUGUCCUCCGGAGAAAACAACGCCAAUGGCUGAGCCAGCUGGGGAUGAUUUUCUCAAAAAGCAAGUUUCUAUAGGUCCUCUAUUCCAAGCAGAAAUCCCAGAAUGGACUGGUGUAAUUUCUGAGAGUGACCCGAAAUGGUUAGGCACACAAGUAUGGCCUUUGAAACAUGACUCAAAACCUUCUACUGAAACAGAUCUUAUUGGGAGAGGAAGACAAGAGAAGUGUAGCUGCCAAUUUCAAGGUUCUGUUGAGUGUGUUAGAUUUCAUAUUGCUGAAAAUAGGAUGAAAUUGAAGCUUGCAUUGGGUUCUGUAUUUUACCAUUGGGGAUUUGAUCGUAUGGGUGAGGAAGUUUCCCUUCAAUGGACAACUGAAGAAGAAAAGAAAUUCAAGGAUAUAAUGAGGUCAAAGAUUCCCUCCCAAGGUAGGAGUUUUUGGAACAAUUCAUCCAAAUACUUUCGAAAGAAGACGAGAAGAAACUUGGUGAGCUAUUACUUCAAUGUAUUUCUUAUUCAAUUAAGAAGCUAUCAGAAUCGUGUGACUCCAAAGAGUGUUGAUAGUGAUGAUGAUGAAGUAGAAUUUGGAUCUUUAAGUGAUGGUUUUGGGAUGGAAGCUAUCAAGGGUCCACGUAUUAAUUUCCUGGAGUGUUCAGAGAAUAAGCAGUGCACUGAUUUGGAGUAGACAAAAUGAAAUUUUGAUAAAAAGGUCUGAACCAUUUUGAGGUUGAUGGAAUAUUUUCCUAGGUCAGACUUGUAUAAAAGAACAGCUAUGGAAAUUGUGUAACAUACAGAGGGACAGAUAGAAAAGAACAGCCUGGAGAGUUGCUAAUGUGUUUGAACUUGGAAGCAACUAUGAACAUAUUCUCGAGUCUUGAAAGAUGUACUUGCGGAAGCUGCCAUCAAUUUUGUUGGAGAUGGUUGUGUUUGUUGGUUGAAGUAGCAGUUGCUACUUCUUGGAGGCUCGCUAUUAGUGCUAUAAAACUAGCCGUUUAGUACUAUCAAUUUUUUUUUAGUUAGUUUUUUAUAAAAAUUUACAAAUCUUGACUUUGGAAUGGGAUGAUGUGCCAACAUUUUUUAAAUAUUGCCUUUUUAAUAACAAAUUACGCAAAUAUAGUCGUUUUGAAACUAUUUACACAAGUAUAGCAUCCAAACAGCCCACAUGGGGCGUGAG